AUAGAUAACUGCAUUAUUAUUGAUAUAUCAUCAAAAUACUUCAAAUAUGAUUGCUUAUAAAUAUUUCCAUAUUUUUUACGAGAUGACAUAAUACUACUUAAGAUAUAAGAAUUCCAUUCAGAGUAAGCAGUUAUACAUUUUUAUACACUCAUUCUGUAACGAUGUUUCAGAGAACGUUCUUAAUAUUAUAUUGUUUGGCAGUUUCGUAUGUCAUUGCUGAUGACUAUGUAGUUAGCAAUCGACGUUUUCCAAAAGAUUUCAAAUUUGGAACUGCCUCUGCUGCCUAUCAAAUCGAAGGUGGUUGGGAUGCCGAUGGAAAAGGAGAAAAUAUAUGGGAUCGAUCAACCCAUUUAUAUCCAGAAAAAAACUCUUAUCAAAAUGGUGAUGUAGCCUGUGACUCCUACAACAAGUGGGAAGAGGAUGUUGCUUUGCUUAAAGAUAUGGGUGUAAAUACUUAUAGGUUUUCGAUAGCAUGGUCUAGAGUUUUACCAACAGGAUUUGUGAAUUCAUCUAAUUCCGCUGGUAUUGAAUAUUAUAAAAAAUUAAUAGCCGCCCUGAAAGAAAACAAUAUCGAACCUCUGGUUACAAUGCAUCACUGGGAUAUUCCUACAUAUUUGGAGGACUUGGGUGGAUUUUUAACUGCCGAAAUGCAAACCUGGUUUGUGGAUUAUGCUAGAUUCUUAUUUGAGAAUUUUGGUGAUGACGUAAAAGAGUGGAUUACGUUCAAUGAACCAAAGCAAACCUGUGAACAUGGAUAUGGAUCUGGUGCUUUGGCACCUAAUAUACAAGGUCCUGGUACUAAGGAUUACAUAUGCGGACACAAUCUCAUAAUUGCUCAUGGAAAAGCAUACAGGCUGUAUGAAAAUGAAUUUAAAGCCAAACAAGGAGGUAGAGUUACAAUGGUGAUUGACAGUAACUGGUUUGAACCAGCUUCUGAUCUUGACGCCGAUAAAGAAGCCGCUGAGAGGAAUUUAUUAUUUACGUAUGGUUGGUUUGGCCACCCAAUCAAUUUUGGAGACUAUCCAGAUAUUAUGAAGGAACGAAUUGCCAACCGCUCAGCUCAAGAAGGUUAUGAGUCGUCUCGUCUUCCAACAUUUACCGAAGAGGAAAAAGCUAUUAUCAAUGGCACAGUUGACUUUAUGUGUGUUAAUAUUUAUACUUCAUCAAUGGCUGCUGCAAUUUCCGAACCAGAUAUAGUACCUCUAGGUCCAUCAAGAGACCUCGACAUUGGAACAAAUGUUUAUCAGCCUGAUGAUUGGGAACCUACUGUUACAAGCUGGUUUAAGGUGGUACCUUGGGGCGCAAGAAAAUUAGUAAAAUGGAUAAGUGAUCAAUAUGGACAACCAGAAAUAAUUGUCACGGAGAAUGGAUAUCAUGAUAAUGGAACUGUUAUACAUGAUCUGGAAACCAGAGGACGCUAUCACAAACUUUAUCUUAGUAAUUUACAAGAUGCCCUAUAUUUAGAUAACGUUAACUUAACUGGUUACAUGGCUUGGGCAUUAACCGAUGAUUUUGAAUGGCAAUAUGGCUAUAACAUACAACUGGGACUCUACCAAGUCAAUUUUACGGACCCUGAGCGACCAAGAACGGCAAAAGACUCUGCAGCAUUUUAUAAACAUGUAGUAACCACUCGAUGUUUAGUAGAGGAAAGCGAAUGUGUAGAUUAAAAGGAAUAAUAAAUGAUUAGUUUAUUACUUAA